AUUUUUCAUACUUUUUUUUUUAGAUACUACAUAUUGUAAUGUUGCCGGUAAAUAUAGCAUGUGUUGUCACUGGAAUGUCUGGCUGCGUAGUGAAAGCAAGGUAACGUUAAAUAAGUUAUACAGUAACGUUAGCUCGCUGUCUCCACGUAAAUGUAUGGGAUAUAUGCUAGCUAGCUCGCUAAAAACACUGGAUUUUCGUAAAUCAUUCAAUUAAUAUCAGCAAGCGAGCGUCCAAUGUCAAAUAUUUUGUCAUUGGAGGCUAAAUUAAAUGGUAAUAGUAGCUGGCUAAGGUAACGUUAGCUAGUAGUAGAACGAGAGCUAGCCUGGGCAUAUAGCUACAGUAAACCUAGCCUAGUAGUUCAGACUCUCAUAAGUACAAAUUGUUUAAAAUAUAUAUAUAUAGUUUGUAAGGUUUCUCAAAGUACGGAAUAACAAAAAAUAAGGCGAUAUAUUAUAUAUAUUAGCCUUUUUUCUAAGUCUGUGGUGCGAGCUGCUUCCGGGACGCUUGCCCAUGUAUCGACCUUUCACCUAGUUUCCAAAACGGAAACAUUCAAAGUAUCACAGAACAGUAUUAUAACAACUACAACAACAAUUGUAUCGCGCAAUGUUGUGGUUUCCACUAGAUAGCACAGCCACAACGUCAAAAAUGGUCUAUAUCAUAAAAAGCACGUUUUUUGUGUUAGCAUUGUGUUUUUAAGGUUAGGGUAAUGUUUAAAAUCACAUUUAAGAAGAUACAUUGUAGAAAUGGUCCGGGUUUUUGACUUUGGCUGUGGUGUCUAGGGACAAGCCAAUGUUGCCGCGCUUGUAAAUAGCAAAUGAAAGCAAUUUUGGAUACAAAAAAUUGUAAGGUCCUGUUCUCCUCAUCAGUGUGGUAGCAAGGUGCAUUUAGUAUUAUUACACCUUUUGCCUCAAACUAGCCUAUUUUAAAUUGAACUUUUUUUUAAACAUCUCAAUUCCAUUUAUGGUGAAAUAUGCCUAGAUAAUACAAUACAUUUAAAACAAUAAUUCAAAAAUAACUUCAAAGUAAAAAAACAACAAGUAAUACUACAUGCCUACAUGUGUCUUGACCUGUACUCUUAUUAACCGUUGGAAUAUUUAUGAUGACUUGGAUCCCAGUGUGUACUGUCCUUUCCAAUAACCCUUCUGCUCUCAUCCGGAGGUCCCGGUUCGAGGAUGUGGACGACCACUAUAGCACGAUGUACCCUGCCGACCAUGCUCAAGCGAAGCUCCGUCUUGGCCUGCCAUACCUUGAGGGCUGGGGGUAGGCCUGGUUGGGCAGCUGCCAUCUCCUCAUCUCCUUCUCUUCACCUGACCUGGAGGCAGCUCCGUGGGCACGGGACCCAGGCACCCUCCCCGCUCCCUUCCAACGCCCUGGGGGACAGCCCUGGGGUGAGGCAGGUCCGGGCCCUGGAGCAGGAAAGGCUGCUGGAGGUUGAGUGGGAGGGCAGCGGACAGAGCCUGUACCCAUACACAUGGCUUAGGGACAACUGUCAAUGCCCACUGUGUACCCUGCAGUCAGCCCAGGCUCGCAGCUUGCUGCUCUCCCAGCUGGACAUCCACACUGGGGUCGACCGGGUGCAGGUCACUGACAACAACAAGGUGUCCAUAGUGUGGCCGGACCAGCACACCAGCGAGUUUGACCCAGAAUGGCUGAGGAAACGGUGCUUCUCUCCUGCUGCCAGACAAGCUCUACAAGAGGAGCUCUUCCUAAACGAGCGUACGUACUGGGACUCAGAGCUGCGGAUCCCCACGGCCAACUUCGAGGAGGUCCUCCACGACGACAAGGCCGCCCUGGCCUGGCUGCUGGCUCUACGCCGCGUGGGCAUUGUCUACCUGAAGGGGGCGCCGGUGGAGCAGGGUCAGGUGGCCCGACUCAGCCAGAGGAUCGGAUACCUCCGAUUGACGUUCUAUGGGCACACAUGGCAGGUGCAGGACAAAUCCCAGGCUAACAACGUGGCCUACACCUCUGGCAAACUCAGUCUCCACACUGACUAUCCAGCACUGCACUACCCACCUGGAGUGCAGUUCCUGCAUUGCCUGAGCCAGGCUGGCGAGGGCGGGGAGAGUGAAGCGGUGGACGGCUUCCACAUGGCAGAUCAACUGAGGAAAGAAGACCCCGAGGCCUUCAGGACCCUCACCUCCCUGCGGGUGGACUUCACCGACACAGGGUCCGACUACUGCGACUUCAUGGUGCAGUCCAAGAACCACAUCAUAGAUGUUGACAGUGAUGGGCGGGUGGUCCGGAUCAACUACAAUAAUGCCACCAGGGACUCUGUGCUGGACCUCCCCCUGCACCAGGUCCAGGCCUUCUACAGCUCCCUCAAGGCCUACGUCCAGCUGAUGAUGCGACCAGAAAACAUGCUCACCUACAAGAUGGAGCCUGGCGACCUGGUCACCUUUGACAACUGGCGCCUGCUCCAUGGGCGGAAGAGCUUUCAGAGCCACCCAGACCGGAUGAGACACCUGGAGGGAGCCUACCUGGACUGGGACGAAGUCAUGUCUCGCCUGCGGAUACUCUUCAAGUCUGUCCACGGAGAGAGCUAGACCCGCCAAUCCCCCAGAGCGAAGCCUCCUCCAAAUAUAUAGAACCUCGUCAAUCUACAACAGGGCUCUCCAACCCUGUUCCCGGAGAGCUACUGUCCUGUAGGUUUUCACUCCAACCAUAAUCUAGUGCACCUGAUUCUAAUAAUUAGCUCGUUGAUAAACUGAAUGAAUCAGUUUAGUUGCAACUGGGAGUGAAACCCUCCUGUAGGUUAUCUCUCCAGGAACAGGGUUGGAGAGCCCUGAUCUACAGAAUUUAUGAGCAUCCAAAAGAGGCAGAGGCUAAUUGUCUAGCGGGCUACCGCUACUCGUGUGUGGGUCAAGAUGGCUGCCAGUCUUUUGAACAGAGUGACAUGUGGGCAAAGUGCAAAAAGAUGGGGGAAAAGGGUUGAGCACUUCCCUAAAUGAUAAACACUCCCCUUUAUAAGUAGCAUACCUACGAAGAAUCUGUCUUUAACUGUAUGAAGCUGGUAGACUAUAGUGCCUUUGUUCCUAGGGUUGUGUAAGCGAACAUAUUGAGCUAUUUUUCUAAUCCUGUGUUCUGCUGGUCAAAAUGUUGUAGCACUUUACUACAUCAACUUCUCAAUGUCUUAAGGGUGUCAUAACAACAGGUGAUGAAGUUUUUGACAUUUUCUACCUCUUGUAUCCAGUAGUAUAGUUCAGUUUCAGCCAUCUAACCUUAAGAAAAAAAUAGUGUAUAGCACUAGUAUCAGCCCCAGAAAUCAAUCCUUUUUUAGUAACUCUCUCAACAAUAACUCUCCAUAUGUCAAAUGUAUGCACAUGCAAGUUUGGAUUAAAGCAUCUGCUAAGGGAUUAAUCUAAAUGUACAGAAUGGUUACCUGGAGGAAAUUGGGGUAGGGUCUUGCUUUUUCAAUUUCAGUCAAGGGGAGGGUUUAGUAUUUUUUUUUGUUAUCUAGUCCAGGGGGAGGGUCAUGUAACGUGUAAUUUCAAUAUUGAUCAAUGUUUUAGAAUUAGUUAGUUAUUAGGCUACAUUUUGAUGUGUGCCAGAUGCCGCCCCUUUUCUCUGAUUCUCCCGCUGGGUGCUCAAUAUCAAGUGUGCAUAUAGACUCUUUAGUGUAGUCUCAAUCAAAUGAUCCAUAGCCUACGAAGUGCAUGCUCAGAGAAGCACAGAGCAAAGUUAUGUUUCUAAGAUAGCUGAUGAUGUUGUAAAUACAACUUGGCUGCGUUACACACCGCAAUGGAUAUUCCAACCUGGAGCCCCUGCCUGCUCUUGCUGAUCAGAAACGUUUUUGUGUGCUGCCUAACCAAUGGCUGUGCUGUGUAGGGCUACAGUUCUCAGGAGGCUUCUACAAAUGUAAAAAAAAACAAUCUUGCGCAUAGACUAGCCUAUGUUCUGUUCAGUUUGAGAAGGAGAGCGCAACAAUAUGUUUCUCGAGUAAUUUACAUCGUGUUGCUGAAACUUGAAGCAGCAGCCGCGGUACAAUCAAUCAGAAAUAGACAGCUCAUGGUGCUGAAAAUAGGCAUUCAUUUCAGCAGUUUUCAUUUGAAUGUGACUUUGUUAAGAGGGCUUUGUGUUGGAAACUAUUUAUUCCUAUUUAAGAAAGAGGUAGGUCUACCUGUUUGAUAGAUGAAAUUAGGCAAUAGAAUGCUAUAUCCAUAUAUUUGUCGCUUGUUCCUCCACCUGCUCUUUAAAUAUCCAACCUCCAUGUCGAUGACAGGCUGUUAAGUUAUAACCAAGACUCGAAUUGACGGGGUAUGAAAGGGGAUGCCAUCCCACCUACCUUUUAUUAAAGAAAAUGGCAAAAAUCACAGACUUUUGUUCGCUUAAGAUUUGGAAUCAAAUUAAAGUGAUGUUUAACAGUG